UAUUAUUGUCAAGAAGGUGAAGGAGCAAAGUGGCGACGGCGGGUUGCCUCCAAGUUCAGCCAAAAUUAGGUAAUAUUUCGUUUCAUUGCGCAGUCCGUAGCUUUCAAUAUGCACUUUUGAGUGGUGUGAGAGCUAUGGCGAAGAAUCGCAGCUGCAAAUGUUUUCCCACUGCGGAUGUUCUCAAGCCAGAAGUUGUUAGCUGAACAGGUUUGCUAAUGUAGUGGUGUGAACAGUUCGUUUGCAUUUUCUUUUUCAGUGGUAAGGUUAUUGCGUGCCCUGUAGAUUACUUACUUUGCAUGUUAACUGAAGCACUACAGUUCGAAAAACUCAGCUAACAGAUGACAACAUUUUGAAUGACAUUAAACGAGUGCCCAGUCAUUUUUAGUCCUCCUACUGUUAGCUGUCACUCUUUGAAACUGUUGAAGCCAUCCUUCAUUAUUCCACACCUUGUAUGUCUUCGACGACAGCUUGCGGCGACACCAUGCAGAGUUUGUUGCCCGCAUUGACUUUGAGGCAGCUGGGACGCCUGAACUCCGUGCAGCUGUUGUCCACGGGCCAUGGACCAGUUUGGAGCUCGUGGUGCCCUCGGACAUUGCAUGCACGUCAACUGUGGGGCUCGGUUGGCCCCAUGACGCUUAGAACACAAGCUUUCCCGGCAGUGAGGGAAUGUACCUCUGGCUGGUCCAUACAUCAAGCAAGGUACAAAAGCAGCAGAAAAAACAGCCAGAAAAAAGUUCAAACGCAGCAGGAAGAGGAGGAUACCGACGACGAGGAAGAUGCUAGCGACUACGAGGACGAGCUUCAGGAUGACCCAGGGUUACCAAAGGACUACAAAGACACUGAGAAAAAUGUGCAGUCCUUUCGAUAUGACCUCAUUCUGAAAUCUGGCCUGGACAUGGCACGAAACAAAGUAGAGGAUGCCUUCUAUGGGAACAAGCUGCUGUUAAAUGGCCUGAAACUAAUUAAGAAGAGCAAAACAGUGAAAGUAGGAGAUACUUUGGACCUUAUACUGAGUGAGGACAAAGAACUGAACUCUGUCAACCUAAGAAGAGUCAUCUUCAAAAAAGUUGUAGGAGAAACAAGAGAUUCUGAGAAAUAUAAGGUCAUCCUGAGGACGUGGAAAAAUCUCCAGUUACCCACCAAAGAUGUUUUCAAGAAUUGACGGAAUAUCCUGAAAAUCCAACUGGAUUUAUGAACUUGUGUGAUUCUGCAGUGUGGAAGAGUUUUUAUUGGAAGGUUACGCUUCUCUGGUAGCUAUGUCAGACACCCUUAUAACAUGGUUUUUUGUAUCACUGUUUUUCUGCUUUGAAGGAAAGGGGUUGUUUGGGGAUUACACAGACAUAAUACCGUAGGUGGAGGUGUUAUCACAAAAUACACCAGCAACCUGCACAGUGAUUUCUGUUAACUUUUCUUUGUAUGUCCAUAUUACAUGAAGUUGUUGUGGGUCUUUGUGGAUAUCUGGUUGUUAUUGGAGUUGUCUGAUUUGUAGAUAUAUCUCCAUCAUGAUUGAGCAGCACAUAUUCUGUUGUGGCAUUGGUCAUGACUGUUAAGCACUUAACCAUAAUAAAACAAAACAUGAGAAAUGAAA